ACUGCUAAAAACUUAAAAUUAAUAUAUUUUAAAAAUUAAUAAAUUGCAAUUAGCAAGUUAACUCGUUUCAAAUUAACUACGUCAAGUUAUGAAAUUAAGUUACUGUUUGAAUUUUAUUACCCAAUUUGUCUAACAGCAUAUAUCAUAUGAAUGUUUUAUACUUAUAUAACAUAAUUCAAGUCAUGUGUGCAUACAAGAAUAAAUUACAUGGAUUUUUUGAAUACAUUAAGCAACAGUAGUUACCACUGCAGCGUUAAUUUAUCGACGCGACCUUCAUUCGGAAAGGCAGCGAUGACUUGCAGUAAUUCUCGAUAUCGACACACGAACGUUUUCGCCAGCCGACGCACACUCACACGUCAAAAUAUUCCCAAUUUCCCUAUUAGAAAGAGAAAGAAACCAAUCUAUAUCUUGCGCACGUGGACAAGAGAAACAUGCGGAGUAGAGAGAAAGAAGCGAGAUAACUACGAGCGCUACGAACAGUCAAAAAUUUGAAGAUUCGAAGUAGUAUUAAGACGAGAGAGGAAGAGACAUUACUAUCACGGGCUUUAAAGGCGGACGAGAGAGAGAGAGAGAAAGAAUAUGAUGUAACGAUCUUCGUAUCGCGCCCGUGACGGUCUGCAAAUCCGUCAUGAUUGCCCUUUAACCGAACGUUACGCCGUACGUUACUUCUAUCUCUCUUAUUAUACUUCCACGGAAGAAGGAAAUAACACGUGGCGGCGAGGUGGUGCCUGAUACAUGAUAUGGAUUACUCGGCACUUGAUUGACCUGUCGGAGACUCAUCGAGGAAGACACGAGAUCGCAAGUCAGACUUAUUUUCCGGCGGUUUUAUACAAUAAGACACAACCGGAACAUGAUACAUCUUCCACGAGCCAGAAGAUCCUGAUAUCACACGAUAAACACGGACUCCCGUCCGUUUAGCUUUUUGCAACAAGAAUAUAGAUCUCUGAAUACCAACUAUUCGAUCAAGAUUCGUCUUCGACAGAAUGAGUCAGCUACAAACCAAUUUAAUCGCCGCCGCUAUCGGGGCGACUAUCGGCGUUAUUAGUGCAGCCAGUAUUUUUAUUUAUCAAAAGGUUUUGGAGAAACAGCAACACGCCAUGAAGAAUGCUCACCUAGACGAAGUAGAUCGUCGCCUCACUGAAUUACAAGCGGAAUUGGAAAGAUUGAGAGUACAACAAAAUCAACAGAGAAAGAAAAAGAAGCUUAAUAGACGUGAUAAUGAUAAUACAUAUACUACAACAGAUAAUGAUACCGAUGUGGAUGGCUUUUCGACAGCAGGCGAUGACGAAUUUUUUGAUUGUUCAGAUAGUGAAAAUGGUAUAAGUGAUAUCGAAAAUAGGACAACUGAAGCCACCUGCCCUGGAUUAAACCUUUCCACUUUUGAUGCACAUUACCAACAAAGUGGCUAUGAAGAAGACGAUUAUCUUGAACUACGAAAUCUCGUAGAUACAUAUCCAGAUCACGUAGAUGUAGUAUGGAGAUAUGCCAGAAGUUGUUACAAAUAUUCAACUUGCACCACUGAUGCAGAUGUAAGAAAAUCCGUUAUUUCUGCAGGAAUUGAUGCCUGUGAGAAACUUCUUGCUGUACCAAACGUAAAUCUACACAAAUGGUGCGCUAUACUUGUAGGCAUAAACGGUGACUUUAUGCCAAUAGCGGAAAAAAUAAAAAACGGUUAUCGUUUCAAAGAACACGUAAUGAAAGCUAUAGAGAUAUGUCCAGAUGAUGCUGACCUACAUCAUCUACUCGGCAGAUUUAGUUAUGAAGUGGCCAACUUGAGUUGGAUAGAAAGAAAGAUUGCCGCGUCAUUAUUUUCGGAGCCGCCAAGUGCCUCCUAUGAAGAUGCGAUUGAUUAUUUCCGAAAAGCGGAAGAUUUUUCAAUCAAAGUGAAUCUGGAAAACAGACUGUAUUUAAGCAAAUGUUACAUAGCGCUAAGCAAAUACGAUUUAGCUUGUCAAUGGCUAGAGAAAAUUUGCGAGCUAUCAGAUAUAAAUAAAACCGACGAAAUAAUACAAAACGAAGCACAUCAACUUUUCGCCAAAUAUUCGAGAUAUCGUCAAUAACAGAAACAUUCAUUUUCAUAGAUCUGAGAAUGUAUCCAUUCCAUAUAUUACAAAUAUAUUAAUCGCAUAAUGUAUAUAAAGAAUUUUAAAUGUGAGGAGAAAGAAAAAUGAUAUAACUAAUUUUAAUUAUAGAUAAGGAGGUAUAAAACAAUUUUACUAUAGACAGACUUUUUUAUGAAAACUGUAUAAAAUAGAUAGUAACUACAAAAUAGUGUCUUCAAAAUAAAAAAAUACAAAAUGGUGCGGAAUUUAGGGAAUAACUUUAUUAUGAAAAAUACAUUUUUAGAGCCAUUAUUUAAUUAUAUAAAUAUUGGGCCUACCAUAUGGUUUAUCCUGUUUGUUAUAUAGACUGUAAAUUU